AUGAAUGUUCACUAUCCGGCUUCAUCUGCUGCUGUAGAAUUGGAAAAAAUCGCUAUGGAGAGAACAGAGCAUCGUCUAGUGGGUCUCCAACUAGGGGAUUUCGAUCCAAAACGCUUACGCACCGAAAUGACGAUGUCGUAUUUCGAAAACGACAAGACCUGGAGAAUCGUGGAGAAGGUAGAUGAGGAUAUGUCUACCAACGAGGUCGUAUGGCAUGUCCAGGGUGCACUGAGCAAGAAGGAUUUGCCUCCUUUCGACACGAAUAUAAGGGCGAACAUCAAAGCCAAGGCAAGGUACCUUCGACAAGGGGUGACAAUCGAAGGGUUCAACACCCCUUCCUUUCUCCGUGCGAUAGAAAACAUAUCGGAAAUCCAUUCGCUUUUCAGUAGAUGCGUUAAGCAGGGUACUCUCAUCCCUUCUGAAAUCGUAACGGUCAACCCAGGAGGAGGUACCAUGGCAGCGUCAAAUAGAUACUUCACAUCCCGAACGGACGACCCUCAAGGACAGGCGCAUAUUCUUGGAUCAACUAUAGAUCCGAAUGGCACCCUCGCGGAAGUCGCGGGAGAUCAAUAUUUUUAUGGCGAAGAUAAUGUGGUAUGCUACCUGGAGAAAGUAGAAACCUCAGAUGCGGGAGUAAGUCUCCAAUGUAGGGACGUUAGCCCAGUCAAGAUCAGAGAAGGGGACCUCGUUGAAAUCCAGGUUACCUUCAUGCUCGUUCCGAUUAGGGGUCAAAAAUGGAAGAUGAACGCCGUUUUACGUUGCAUUACCAUCAUGGACACAUCCUUCACCCUUGAAGCCAUACGGCGAAGCUCCGCAUCAAUGCCUCGCAUUGCUCUGGUGAAUCGAAUGCGGUUGAAACGAAGAAUUGGGAAAGAUAUUGAAGACGAACCGCAGGAAGAUGCUCCCAUUAACAAGCUCCAAAGGAUGAACGUGGAUGGAUGA